CUGACUAGUCUCUCGUCCGUUUAAUAAUAUCAAAAACUUCUAUUUAGCCUCAUUCACACCUAACACCUCGGGAAAAAUGGCCCGUCGUAUGCUGAAAGAGCUAAAACCAAUCGACCCCUCUCGCGAUCUCCAACCUGGGGAAAGUUUCAUCGUUUACUACAAGAACACUGGAAUAGGUCGCAAGGACCUCUGGCUGGGGAUCAUCUGUCUCGAAUCUAUGGUCCCCGCCAUGUUACGCCGGUUUGCCAACGCACGACCAAAGGUCGGCGAGUGGGUGUAUCUUCCGGGGAAGAAUAAUUAUCAAUGGCUAGAAAAGACGAAUCUAUACCACGUUGAAGCGAGACCUCCGAGCUCUCUUUCGAGUCCUCUGCGCCCUGAUUCGAAGCUCUUCCUCACGUUGCAUAAGAUUGCUAAGAGCGGUAAAGAUGCGGAAUUCUGGUUCGAAAUGGCAGCUGAAGAGCGCAAGGCCAAAGGGAUACUUGACAGAAAGCCCAGUUUGGUUCUUCCUACGAAAAAGCCCGCAGAGAAGGACCCAAUGACGCCUAAGUCGGAUAGUCAUGGAUCCUCAAAGACAACAGAUCAGCACCCGCAAACCAAAGAGGCAGGAGGCUUUCUAGCGCAGAAGAGAUCGGGAGUUGAUCAAGGAUACGUGGACACCGGUACAAAGUCUCCUAGUACCGGAACUACCCCCAAAACAUCGGACAGGGCCACACCGGAUGAUAUCGAACCAGAGAGGCCUCCCGUCUCAGUUGAUGCUUCUCCAAACUCGGAAUCUGGGUCUAGGAAUCCAACACCCAAGGGAAAAUACGUGUAUAGGUCUGUGGGUACACAGACUGAUCCGGAAUCGCUACCAAGACAUUCCCCCGAUGACGUCUUCGAUAUCUACGUCGGUUCUGGUGCUGAUCAUGGCAUAUUUCAACUGUCUUUCAAGUCCAUAGAAAAGUGUCCGCUGCUCAUAGCAUAUUUGAAGGACAAAGACGUUCCGUACAUAUUCCAUCCAGGCCUCUAUGGACUUCCCGCUUCCGAAUUUGAGCCAAUAUAUUCAUUCCUAGUGACUGGAGAGUUCGACCCCAAGCUUGUUGACAGAAGCAAAAGCGUUAACUCUGAAGAAAGGCCUCGCAUUCUAGGUGAUCAGUUCAGAUUUGGACACAAAUAUUCGUUGGCGGAUAUCGAUAGCUCUGAAGAACUGGAUAAGCAGAUUCUUCGCUUUGGAAGGAUUUAUAUGAAUGCGGGAGUUUUCGGACUCGACAUUCUUCAGGGACUUGCUCUAUGGAAGAUCCAAAUCGCGUGGAACUCGUUUGCCGGACUUCAUCACCUGGUCCCGAUCCUCGAAGUGGCACAGAUGACGACCGGCAAAGCCAACGGUGAUCCAGAAGUAGGUGCUAAUUCCAGUCGGGAUCCGUUAUACAACUGGAUGAUUGGGUUUUUCGCAGAUACGAUGGAUCUCUUCUUUCAUAGUUGCCCGCAUCAGUUUUGGGAGGUUAUGGGAUCUAAUCAUGAAUUGCAGGAGUCUGUGAUGAGACGGAGAGCGGAAAAGCUGGCAAAGGAUCCCAGUCGAUAUCUGAACUUGGAGGAAAUCAUUGCGAGCCGUGAUAGCAGUAGAUUUCCACACCAAAGUGGUCAGAUGGAAGGUUAAGCGAAUAGAUCUCCUAAGACACUGAGGGCCACCCGGGUAAUUUCUGUUGUCCCAAUUCUUUCGGAUGUUUUGGUUGGCUUGUACACGCAAGUACCUGUUUCCUUUUAUUUGGCAUGUUACGAUUCGAUUUCAAAAUCAAGUUCAGAUUUCGAAAUUGAGAGCUCAUCUGUAUUUCAACUCCAUAAUAUCUGCGUGCCAAACUGUCUUGUUCUUGCCCCGAUGCUAUUAGCAAGACAUGUAUCUAACGGGCUUAUUACAAUCACCAAUUAAAUGAAUCUCGGCUGUGUCAUCAUCGAUAUCUUAUUUCACAAGUCGAAACCUCUCGAGGAACGAAAAGUCUACCCUUUCAGCAGUAAAAGCACCGCAUGUGCAACUAAGCUUAUCUUAUUGAUCG